AUGUUCUCUAGUGGCUUCAUCUUUGUGCUCGUUCUCAAGAUGAGUUCAAAUACUGGCGUAUUUCGCUACGAUCCUGCUGCUUCUGGAACACCCAUGUACUACUUCUACCUGGAAGACAAAGUUAGCUGUCUAAGAGCUUGCUAUGAAGAAAACGAAUGCGCAGUUGUGGAAUACCGGGAGAACGAAGAGGGUUACUGUAGUCUGUACAAAGAGGGCGAUACUCUUUCUGUAGAAGGAUACACUCUCUCCCGUGGAGAAACCAAUUCGUCGUGCACAUUGAUUGAAACACUGGACUUUGACGUUUCGUUUCAAGAAAUUUCGGGUCAACAAACGUUUUACAAAGCCAAAUGCAACUCCACGCCAGAUGUCUCUGUUUUACAACCAUUUGACGGAGAAAAAUAUCGCUUCUUCAUUCUUAAUUCCACCAAAGUUCCUAAAAACUGGGUUGCAUCGAAAUUCAGGCUCCUCUUCUCCAAAAAGGCAGAGGAAACAUGCAAGUCCAUUCCUGUCUUUCACAAAGCAAACCAUCGUCGCCUAUUCUUUGGCGAGACAUACAACACUACUGGCUACUACUUCUACAACGCGUAUGCCUUCGCCAAUCUUUGCGUUUCUCCGGCCGGCGAAUGCCUAGGUGUGCAAGAAAUUCAAGAAUAUGUCGACGAGCAGGGCAACUUCUUCUACGAUGCGCCCGGAAGAAUGGACAUGGCAGACUCUGGCUUGAAUCAAACCUUCUUCAUUUCAGGCAAAAGACAUUCGUAA